AUGUUUUAAAAUACAAAUUUCAACUGCAAUCAGGAAGGUUAAAGUUAGAGAAUUAAUUCGAAUGUCUAGGGCUCAAGUGGUAAAGAGAGGAGAUAACAGAACUAAUCACAGAAGAUGAACAAUUAAUAAAAAAAUGAGUAGAGAAGCAAGUAAAAAAAUAGACGUAGCAGUAGAAAAUCUUAGAGUAAGAAUUCAAAUAAUAAUGCUACAUAGAUAGAAUAGCAAAACUAGUAAUAAGAAUUGAUAAAUAACUAAAGAGUAGAGAGCGCUUAAAAUUCCAACAAAAAAAUAGGAUAAUCUACCAAUUCUACUUUAUCGUCCUCCAUUUAAUCAUCUCCUAGUUCUUAUACUUCAUAGUUUCCUUCUAUAAGUGAAAUUACUUAGUUAACUGUCCUUAAAGGAAAUUCAAAUAAUUAUACAAAUAAAACUAAUUUUUUAAGCUCUCCAAAUGAAAAUUCAUACUAAGAUUCACCUGCUUAAAAUCAAUAGCAGCGAAGUGUUUCUCCUGUCAAAGAAGAGAGAAAGUAUGAUUCAGAUGAUCAAGAGAAUAACCCAAGUCUUGCAAACUUAUAAACAAGCAAUACAAAUAACUCCAUAAACAAUAUCCAAAAUAAUAACAACAUGAAUAUUCAUAUUAACUAAAUGAAUUAAAGUAUCGCAAGUAAUAAUAACUUAGGAAUUUCAAAUUUCAUGAAUGGCAACAGUAGCCAAAGCAAUCAUUUAAGCCACAUUCACUAGCACCACUCACAUAACUUACAGCAAAUGUGCUGUCCUUUAAAUAACAGUAGCAAUUUGAACAGUAUGAUAAGCAGCAAUAACUUUGAUAUUAAUAACACUAGUAGUUGUCAUGAGAAAUCUAGUUCAAAGCAGAGAAAUGUAAAUGGAAAAGGCAAAAAAUAUGGAUAUAAACAUGGAUAAAUGAAUCUGAACUGUGAUUAAAAUAGUUUGAAUGGUAAAGAGCAGCACAAAACAUGCCAAAUAAAUUGCGAAUAAGCACUAUGCUAGAAUAAUAAAAGCUUAAGAAAUUUAUCAAACUUACUAAAAAGCUUGAAAUUUUCACCUCUACUUGCUUAAUAAUAGUAAGUAACAUAGAGCUUAAUGACUUUACCCUUCGAACUUCACUUCAUUAUUUGUUCUUAUUUAUCUCCCAAAGAUAUUUACCUGCGCCUUGCAAAUGUAAAUUAGUACUUCCGUAAAAUGUGUAAAGAUACUCGUCUUUGGAGCUAUAUCUAGAAGUUUUAGACUUUGACCAUUAAUGACAAAUAUUAGAAGAAUAUCCCUGUAGUAGAACGCAGAUCCAAAGGAAGACUCUUUUCAGCAGUAUCCCGUCUAGAUCAUAAUCAGUUUAUGAUUAGAAACGUGAACAUUAUGAUAAGCAAUGCUGGAUAAGAUGAUGGAGUUCCUACUAGUAUUUUAAGAGAACUCAGCUAUUUGUAGGCUCUUGAUCACCCAAAUAUCACAAAAAUUCACGAAGUAGACAUAAAAAAUGUGAUAGUUCAAAUAGUUACAAAAAGAUAAGAGUAUAACUUGAAGGAAUAUACAAGAAGAUAUAUCAGCUAAGUUCAGGAUGACAGUAAGGGACUCACUCGUCCUCAAUACAAAAUUCCUUUGAUUAAAGUUAAGGAAAUUGCUUACUAGAUUCUUGAAGGUUUAAAUUACUUGCAUCACUAAGGAAUUAUGCAUAGAAAUUUAAAGAUUGAUAAUAUUUUGCUUGAUAAAGAUGUUGUAAAAAUAUCAGAUUUCGGUCUUUCAAGACUUGUUUCGAUUCCCCACAUACCAUACACUCCUGAAGAUCCUAAAGAAAGAGAACGCUCAGGAAGAGAAGCUCGCCGUCUUUGGUACAGAGCUCCUGAGCUCCUUUUGAGAAAAAGCAUCUACACCUUUGAAAUUGAUAUGUGGUCUUUUGGCUGUCUUUUAGCUGAAAUUGUUUUGAAUGAACCUUUAUUUGCUGGAGAUUCUGAAAUUGAGUAGCUUUUCAAGGUAUUCAAAUUUAUUGGUUCUCCAGAUUCAGAAACCUUAAUGUCAAUGUGUGACAACCCUGAUUACUAGCAAACCUUCCCAAAAUGGAAAAUGAUCAAUUUAUCCCAUAUCUGUGAAUAAAAUUAGAGUGAAGAAUUCAAAUAAUUAAAGACCACAAUGAUUCCCAACAGAUAGAACGGAUUUUAAAAACUUAAAAAUUUAGGCACUAUCUUGGGAAUGUAAGGAAUGUAGCUUUUGAACUCAUUACUUCAAUUAAAUCCUUAUAAGAGAAUAUCUUCUCAAGAGGCUCUUAACCAUCCAUUCUUCGAUGAAAUAAGAUAGUAAAGAACUUUAAUGAAUAUUCCCAUGCAAAUUGAUGAAACCAUUAAUAUUAAUAAGUGUUGCAGCUAAGUAGUACCUUCAUGCUAUUUUUAGUUCUCACUACCUUACUGCCAUUUAUCAACAAUUUAUUAAACUAUGGUUAAAUAAGAAAAGAUAGAAACCUUGAUCAAACCUGAUUACAUGAAAGACUAAGCCUUAAUCACUGAAAAUAUGCGUAUAAUACUUAUUGAUUGGCUAACUGAUGUAAGCGUUCAUUUCGAAGCAUAAGACGAAACUCUUCAUUAUUGUAUUUCUUACAUCGACAGAGCUUUGGGUAUCAUGAAUAUUGAUAAACAAAAACUGCAGUUAGUAGGAGUAAGUUGCAUGAAAAUUGCAGAUGUAUUUAAUGAGAGAUCUAGAGAAUAUUACAAAUAAGAAAACGCUAUCGAAUAUGCAUACAUAACAGCAGAAGAGUAUAAUGCAGCUUAACUCAUUGCUAUGGAGAAAAAAAUUCUAAAAGUUCUCUCUUUCUAAUUAAAUACUCCAAAUAUGAUGUAUUUUUUAAAAAUAAUGUGCACUUUAUUUGAUACUGACUCCUAGGUUUCCGUUAUUGCUAUGUUCCUGGCCGACUUGCUACUUAUGAGUUACGAAGCAUUGAGAUUUAAACCAAGCUUACUAGCCAGUUGCUGUAUAUUUUUGAGCUUUUUGACUAACGAGAGAGAACUUCCUACUUAAGAAAAGCUAAAUGAAGUUCGUAGCCUUUUAGACCAUUAUACUAUUAAUGAGUUUAAAGAAGCAGCUGAAUUUGUUAGAAAAUUCUGGCAUUAUUAUAGAUCUGAUCCCAACACACUAAACUUCUAAUCAGUCUACAAUAAGUAUGCUGUUGUAUAUGGUCUAGAAGCAAGACUAAUUAAUGCUCCUAUAAUAGAAUAAGCCUAAUACAGCUAAUGGAUCUAUACAAAAUGA